AUGGAACCAACUUCUUCUUCUUUGUCUCUUGUUCCAAAACAAAAAACUCCUUUGUGCAACUUCAAACCGUUGGUAAUACCUCCUCCUGUUGGUGGAGGUGGUGUUGGAGUAGCGGUUCCUCUGCAUGAAAACAGUGGGGUACAUGCAAUCAUGGCAGAAACACUGCCGAGGUAUGUAAUACUCCAAUCAGAUUAUAAUGAUAGAUACUUGCGCUCUGUUGAAGGUAAUUUGCAGGUUCCUCUGGCUCUCAAAUUCGGAGGUCAAUACAGUUUCGAUCGUGACACGAGGUUUGAGUUGGAGAAGGGGAAAAAUAAAGAUGCUGCCGGACUGUUUAAUAUCAAAUGUAUGUACAACAAUAAGUACUUGUCAACUGUAAGCGCAACCAACAACUGGAUCACUGCGGUUGCUGCUGAACCUGAGGAGGAUCAAACAAAAUGGUCGUGCACACUUUUCCAGCCCGUUUUCGUAACUGCUGGCGAUAAUACCAUGGUACGAUUUCGCCAUAUGGCUACUGGCGAUUUCACUUGCUUACAGGCGGGCGCUUCCACCCUCGUUGACUGCUUAAAGGCGGAUAGUGAUAGAGAUGGGUACGACAAGUUUCUUGUCAUCAACUGGGAGUCUGUAGUGAUGUUCCCAAACCGUAUCGUAAUCAAGGGGGACAAUAACAGGUACCUCCGUGAAAGGGGCGACACAUUCUUGGCUUUUGACACUGAUAAACUUGAGGGAUUUGAUACGGAAUACGAGGUGACUCCAAGUCGAAAUGGAGGCCUCCGCAUUAAGUGCCUUUCUAACGGGAAAUUAUGGAGAAAGGAUAAUGGUUUUUGGAUAGGUGCAGACGGAUCUGAUGGCAAUAACCACAAUACCAAUAACGUGUUUCUCCCUGUUAAAUUGGCAGAAAAUCUGGUGGCUUUCAGAAGCCUAAGAGACAACCUUUACCUCAAGAGACUCUCGUAUGAUGGCGAGGACGACUGCCUAGCUGCCCUCAACAAAUAUGUUGACGAGUAUUCUCGCCUGAAAAUUGAGGAUCCUGCUAUAUCGAGGAAAAUCGAUAACGUCGUUUUUCGGAUCCCUGCUGCAAAUACAUCUAAAGGAAAACCCGUUGUGCUUAUAACCAAAAGGGUCGAAAAUAACACCCUAUCGGCCAUGACGGUAGCAAUAGAUCUCAGGAUUUCAGAUGUCCAUAGUAGUACUUGGAACGCAAGCCUAUCUCUGAGUCUAGGUGUUAAAACAACCAUGACAUCUGGUGUGCCAGAGGUUGCGGAAGCAUCGAUUGAGUUUUCCGUAGAGUUUACCAGUUCGUACGAAUGGGGACAAACGGUGGAAAGGGAAGUACAGAUGGGGUCUGUUUAUACAGUUGAGGUGCCGUCUAAGAGUAUUGUGACGGCAAGUCUGAUUGCGGUACAGGGCACUGCUGGUAUUCCUUUUUCUUAUACUCAGACCGAUAUUCUGUCGGAUGGGACUGAAAAAAUCUAUGAAAAAGACGAUGGUUGGUUUGUUGGUGCCAAUGCCUUCAACGAAACCUUCAAGGUUGAGCAGACUGCCAUCCCAACAGCUAAACUUUAG